GCCGCACCCAGCAGAAGCUUCUCCAACCUUCGAUUCGCUUCGGCUCCGGUGCCGGCGCUUCUUCUCCUUUUUCUUUCCCCUUCUCCAAGCAUCGCCACCCCUCUCCACUCUCCCUCCCCAUCCACCACCUCCGCCGCCACAAAUAACCGAACGGGCAUCCAAGCGGCGCCACCACUUGGCCAGCCCAGUGCCCACCACCGCCGCCGCUGCAGCUAAGCGCUAAACCCCAACCCCCCCUCCCCCAGCGCGAUGGCGCGCUCCGCCGCGUCCAGGCUCGCGCGCGCCGCCCGCGCGGCCGCGGCGGCCACGGCCCGCCGCCAGGCCCCCGGCGCUAGCCGCGAGGUCCUCCCGCGAGCCCUCGCGCCGCUCGCGGGUGAUGCCUCCGCCUUCGCCGCCGCCGCCACGAGGAGGCCGGCGUGGUUUGCUGCGCCUCUGGGGCGGUUUCCCGUCGGGGCCGGCGGAGCCGGGCUCAUGGCGCCGCCGCGCCGGCUGUUCCACUCCACGGCGCCCGCUCAGCACAGCGCCGCCGGCACCUCGUCCUCGUCUCAGAUAGCACCAGGAGAAUUCACUGAAAUGGCCUGGGAGGGUAUUGUUGGUGCAGUUGAUGCAGCAAGAUUAUCAAAACAGCAGAUAGUGGAGUCAGAGCACCUGAUGAAAGCUCUUCUGGAGCAAAAGGAUGGAUUGGCCCGUAGGAUAUUUUCAAAAGCGGGAGUAGACAACACAUCAGUUCUACAAGCUACUGAUGAGUUUAUAUCUAGGCAGCCAAAGGUUUCCGGUGAUACGUCCGGGCCAAUUAUAGGGUCAAGUUUUGUUUCAAUAUUGGAUAGUGCAAAGAAACAUAAAAAAGAAUAUGGUGAUGAGUUUGUGUCAGUUGAGCACAUCCUGCAAGCAUUCACUUCAGAUAAAAGGUUUGGGCAACAACUGUUUAAAGAUCUGAAAAUUAUGGAGAAUGAUCUUAAAGAAGCUAUUUCAGCAGUGCGAGGAAGCCAGCGAGUCACAGAUCAGAAUCCAGAAGGAAAGUACCAGGCUCUAGAGAAGUAUGGUAUUGACUUGACAGAAUCAGCUAGGCGUGGGAAACUUGAUCCUGUUAUAGGCCGUGAUGAUGAAGUGCGCAGAUGCAUUCAGAUCCUAUGCAGGAGAACUAAAAACAAUCCUGUAAUUAUUGGCGAGCCAGGAGUUGGCAAAACUGCUAUUGCCGAAGGAUUGGCUCAGCGUAUUGUGCGGGGAGAUGUUCCUGAACCUUUAAUGAAUAGAAGGCUUAUUUCGUUGGAUAUGGGAGCACUACUUGCUGGUGCUAAAUUCCGUGGUGAAUUUGAGGAGAGAUUGAAGGCUGUUCUAAAGGAGGUCACUGCUUCUAAUGGGCAAAUCAUCUUGUUCAUUGAUGAGAUCCAUACUGUUGUCGGUGCAGGAGCUGCUGGUGGAGCGAUGGAUGCUGGUAACUUGUUGAAGCCAAUGCUAGGCCGUGGAGAACUCCGCUGCAUUGGAGCAACAACAUUGGAUGAGUACAGGAAGUACAUUGAGAAGGAUGCUGCUCUCGAACGUAGGUUCCAGCAGGUUUAUUGUGGUGAGCCAGCAGUUGAGGAUACCAUUUCCAUAUUGCGUGGUUUGCGAGAGAGAUACGAACUGCAUCAUGGUGUUAAGAUAUCAGAUGGAGCUCUUGUUGCUGCAGCAGUUUUAUCAGAUCGUUACAUCACUGGACGUUUUUUGCCGGACAAAGCCAUUGAUCUAGUUGAUGAAGCAGCUGCUAAGCUCAAAAUGGAGAUAACAUCAAAACCUAUUGAAUUGGAUGAGGUAGACAGAGAAAUCAUAAGGCUUGAAAUGGAAAAGCUCUCGUUGAAGAAUGACACGGAUAAAGCCUCCAAAGAACGACUGAGCAAGCUUGAAGCUGAACUAGAAUCUCUCAAGCAGAAGCAGAAAAAUCUUUCGGAACAUUGGGAAUACGAGAAGUCCUUGAUGACUCGUAUAGGAUCAAUUAAGGAAGAGACUGACAGGGUGAACUUGGAGAUUGAGGCUGCUGAGAGAGAAUAUGAUUUAAGUCGUGCUGCUGAGCUCAAGUAUGGAACACUUCUGUCACUGCAAAAACAGUUGGAAGAGGCUGAGAAUAAACUUGUUGAAUUCCAGCAAUCAGGGAAGUCGAUGCUUCGAGAAGAGGUGACUGAUGUUGACAUUGCUGAGAUUGUGAGCAAAUGGACUGGUAUUCCAGUGUCGAACCUUCAACAGUCUGAAAGGGAAAAGCUACUGCUGCUGGAAGAUGUACUCCACAAGAGGGUUAUUGGCCAAGACAUUGCAGUCAAGUCAGUGGCCAACGCCAUCCGUCGUUCUAGGGCAGGCCUAUCAGACCCCAACCGUCCGAUAGCAAGCUUCAUGUUUAUGGGACCUACAGGUGUCGGAAAGACUGAGCUGGGUAAGACACUGGCUGAAUUCCUUUUCAACACUGAGAAUGCCCUAAUCCGAAUUGAUAUGAGUGAGUACAUGGAAAAGCAUGCUGUCUCCCGUUUGGUUGGUGCCCCACCUGGAUAUGUCGGUUAUGAGGAAGGGGGGCAAUUGACUGAAUCUGUUCGCCGCCGGCCUUAUUCGGUUGUUCUCUUCGAUGAAAUUGAGAAAGCGCACCAGGAUGUCUUCAACAUCUUGUUGCAGCUGUUGGAUGAUGGAAGAAUAACUGAUUCACAGGGCAGGACUGUUAGCUUCACUAACUGUGUCAUCAUCAUGACCUCAAACAUUGGAUCACCAUUGAUCCUGGACACGCUUAGAAACACCACAGACAGCAAGGAGGCGGUGUAUGAGAUAAUGAAGAAGCAGGUUAUCGAGAUGGCCCGACAAACAUUUAGACCUGAGUUCUUGAACAGGAUAGAUGAGUACAUCGUGUUCCAACCACUGGACACAAGUGAGAUCAACCACAUUGUGGAGAUCCAGUUGAACCGGGUCAAGAACCGGCUGAAACAACAGAAGAUUCGUCUCCAAUACACACCAGAGGCCGUGGAGCUUCUGGGGUCUCUUGGCUUCGACCCGAACUAUGGUGCGAGGCCUGUCAAGAGAGUGAUUCAGCAGAUGGUGGAGAACGAGAUUGCCCUUGGUGUGCUGAAGGGUGAUUUCAAGGAAGACGACACCAUCCUCGUGGAUGUGAGUUCUGCGGCAAUUGCCAAAGGCCUUGCUCCGCAGAAGAAACUUGUUCUGCAGAGGGUAGAAAACAGAAGCGAAGAGUUAGUUGCCAAUGACUAGGUUGCCCGGGGUUCACCUUUUAGAGAGUACUGUAUGUUUUAGUGCGAGCAUAAGCAGCUGUUAGCUCUGCAUUUUCGCGUCUGAGAAGCUUAGUUUCUUUUUAGGUUCUUGUGAAGUCAUGUACGGUGACAAAACUCGAGAACGUUCAACCUAUGUGAAUAUGAUCUUUUGAGUUUUAUCUGAAAA